AGGAGAUGACCAGAGACUGCGGACACAGUACAGGAGAUGACCAGAGACUGAGGACACAGUACAGGGGAUGACCAGAGACUGCGGACAGUACAGGAGAUGGCCAGAGACUGCGGACACAGUACAGGAGAUGGCCAGAGACUGCGGACACAGUACAGGAGAUGGCCAGAGACUGCGGACACAGUACAGGAGAUGGCCAGAGACUGCGGACACAGUACAGGAGAUGGCCAGAGACUGCGGACACAGUACAGGAGAUGGCCAGAGAUUGCGGACACAGUACAGGAGAUGACCAGAGACUGCGGACACAGUACAGGAGAUGACCAGAGACUGCGGACACAGUACAGGAGAUGACCAGAGACUGCGGACACAGUACAGGAGAUGACCAGAGACUGCGGACACAGUACAGGAGAUGACCAGGGACUGCGGACACAGUACAGGAGAUGACCAGAGACUGCGGACACAGUACAGG